UUCCGAGCAAAGGGCCGGCGGCGCCACCUGCCUCCCCAGGAGCCAAAGGGGAGGCGCAGGGCGAGGAGGCGAGCUGGGCGAGAGCUCUGGAGAAAGCGCCCUCCAAAAGCGCCCAGCCUGCAGGGAGCGGGAGGCUGGGCGGCAAAGCCCCGCUGGUGGUUCCCCCCUGCGAGAGGCAGCUGGUGGCAGACGAGGAGGAGCUGCUGAGGGAAAUAGAAGAGCUGCGCUCAGAGAACGAUUACCUCAAGGAUGAGCUGGAUGAACUCCGGGCUGAAAUGGAAGAGAUGCGCGACAGCUACCUUGAAGAGGAUGUUUACCAACUGCAGGAACUUCGGCGAGAGCUAGACCGUGCAAACAAGAACUGCCGCAUUUUGCAAUAUCGUCUCAGGAAAGCAGAGCAGAAAAGCCUGAAAGUUGCACAGACAGGUCAAGUGGAUGGGGAGCUAAUUAGAAGCUUAGAGCAAGAUCUAAAGGUAGCCAAAGAUGUAUCCGUCAGGCUCCACAAUGAAUUAGAGAAUGUGGAAGAGAAACGUGUUAAAGCAGAGGAUGAAAAUGAAGUCCUCCGUCAACAAAUAAUAGAGGUGGAAAUAUCCAAGCAGGCAUUGCAAAAUGAGCUGGAUAGAUUGAAAGAGAGCUCCCUGAAGAGAAGAGGUAGCAGGGAUAUUCACAAAGAAAAAAAGGCAUUUGCUCAGGAAGAUAGUGCUGACUUGAAGUGCCAGCUUCAGUUUGCCAAAGAAGAAGCAGCACUGAUGCGUAAGAAGAUGGCCAAGCUAGGCAGGGAGAAAGAUGAGCUGGAACAAGAACUCCAGAAGUACAAGUCCAUCUAUGGAGAUGUGGAAAGCCCUCUCCCCAUUGGGGAGGCUGGAGGCCCACCUAGCACAAGAGAAGCUGAACUGAAACUUCGUUUGAAGCUAGUGGAAGAGGAAGCUAACAUAUUGGGCAGAAAGUUAGUGGAACUAGAGGUGGAAAACAGAGGUAUUAAGGCUGAGAUGGAGGAUAUGAGGUGCCAGUAUGAGAGAGUUUGUCUUAGCCAGGACCAUGUUUCAAGCAUUCCUACCUCACCUUAUGGUGACUCUGUGGAGUCAGCUGCAGAACUGCGCCGCCAUUUGCAGUUUGUAGAAGAAGAGGCAGAGCUGCUCAGAAGAUCGAUCUCUGAAAUUGAAGAUCAUAAUAAGCAAUUAACAAAUGAGUUAAAUAAAUUCAAGUUUGAGCCUGGACAAGAGUCUGUCUGGCUUGAUGAAAAUGCUUCCAAGUGCGGUGGAUCCUUACAAGAAGAGCUGAAAUCAGCCCGGAUGCAAAUCAAUGAACUGAGUGGGAAAGUGAUGAAACUCCAGUAUGAGAACCGUGUAUUGAUGUCCAACGUGCAGCGCUAUGACCUUGCCUCACACCUAGGACUGCGGACUUCAAGCCCAAGGGACAGUGAUGCUGAGAGCGAUGCAGGGAAGAAAGACUGUGACAACGAAGAAGGCCGUCUACCUCAGCCAAAGAGAGAGGGACCCAUUGGGGGGGAGAGUGAUUCUGAAGAUGCAUAUGAAAAGACAUCAGGUUUUGGGAGUGGGAAGCCAUCCGAAAUUAGUGAUUUAUGUUCCACUGAACUGACAAGGGCCAAAGAAGAUGCAGAGUCUUUGAUCAACAUUAAGCGUGAGGCUGAAAGGCUUGAAAGAGCUGUGGACCGUCUAAUCAUUGAUACAGAUAGUUUAAUAUAUGAAGCAAAAGUGCAUAUAACCAGCAGUGUUUCCUCAGAGCAAGGUUUUGAAAAAGAUGAGGAAAAAGGGGAGAGCAAGAAUGAACCAGAACUUUUGGACACCAUAAAUUCAAGGAUGAAAAAUUUCCAGAAAGAACUGCAAACCUUCUUGGAGAAGGUUGACAACAUUGGGGAAGGCCUCAAAGAGCAAAUGGAAGAUCUUUCUCCUCUCCCUCACCUUACAGAGUCUUCCAGUUUUCUUUCUACAAUGACAUCCAUAUCCCGGGAUUCACCCAUUGGUAACCAGGGAAAGGAGCUAAUCACAGAUUUCCAGUCCAAACUGAGGGAUCAGAUGGAGUGGCAGCACAGCCAAGACCAUGGAGACGAGCGAGAGAUUCAUCAUCAACGAGGCACGAAUGAGCCACACGGCAGAGCUGAUGGAGACUUUAAACUCUACAGGCCAGAAAACAAGGGUUGUCUCAGUCUAGAGAAUGUAUCGAUACAGGAGCUUCAGGCUCAACUUGAGCAGGAGGUGAAACUUCGCCAAGAGGAGCAAGAAACGUUUACAGAAAGGACCAUUCAGCUAGAAGAGGACCAUCUGCAGAGCCUACGGAGGAAAGACUUGGAGGUACAAAGCUUGACUUUGCAGAACAAAUUGGAGGAGAAGACCUGGAGUCAGGAGAAAAACCUGAUGCAUCAAGAACUCAGGCAUUUCAAGCAGAACACCUUUCUCCUCUACGUCAAACUGAAAUGGUUGCUGAAGCACUGGCGACAAGGCAAGCAAGUGGAGGAACAAGGAGAGGAUGUACUUGAGUUGGAACACCUUGAUCCCAUGCCAGAAUUCAGCUUUCAGUCUCAACAAAAGGGUGAUGAACAGGAAGAGGAGGAGGAAGAUGUAGUGUUUGCAAUGACAGAUUACUCCCAACAUUCCACAGUAGAAAUACGUGAUCAUGGACCACCAUUACAGACUGCAGAAUUGUUGCAGCAUCAAAAGCAGGCAAGAGAAAACCGGCGACUUUUACAUGCUCUGAAAAUACUGUUGGAUGACUUCCGAUCUGAGCUCCGGGAUGACGAGCAAGAACGUCACGGCCUCCAGCAGCAAUACGCCACUGACAAAGCUGCCUGGGAAGUGGAAUGGACUAAGCUGAAGUGUCAGCUGGAGCAGCUGGAAGGGAAGAGUGAAAAAGCACCAAGUGAGGUUGGUCUUGAUGCAAAGGCAGCUUUUAAGAGGGAAAGAGAGGAACACAAGAAACUCUUGGCUGACAGUCACCGAUUAGUGAUGGACCUACAGUGGCAAAUCCAACAUAGUGAAAAGAACUGGAAUAGAGAAAAAGUAGAGCUUCUGGAACGGCUCGAAAAAGACCGACAGGAGUGGGAGUGGCAAAAGAAGGAGCUACUGAGGCGGCUAGAACAGCUUCAGAAAGUACAUCCACAAAGAGGAGACUCAAAAGAAAUUAGCCUUCAUUCAUUUUCAAAUCAAGGGAACCAUCAUGUGCCUCAUCCAAUGGGGUCAAGAUCCUACUCCGAUUCGGACACCAUGCAAUUUGAAGAUCGAUCACUGUCUAAACUGAAGGAAAGUGACAGGUGCACAGCCACAGAAAACCUCUUUCUGGAUACAUUGUCCCUUGAUUCUCCGGAUGAUUCUGAUGAAAUACAACCUCAGAAAUUGGAACGAGAAAGGUUCUUAUCUUGUUCAAAUGAGGAAGAAGAAAUGCACAAGGGAAAUCUUCAAAGGGCAAUGUCAGUUUCCUCUAUGUCAGAGUUCAAGCGCUUGAUGGACAUUUCACCUUUUCUUCCCGUAAAGACUCUGCCCUCUUCUAGCAGCAAGGAGGAUAUUACACCUCCAUUAUCCCCUGAUGAUCUGAAAUACAUUGAAGAAUUCAACAAAAAUUGGGAUUAUAGCACUAGUAGAAAUCAUGGUGGAGCUGUAGAAAGGUCGGCAGAUACAUGGGCAGAGAGGACAGAGAUUGGGAAGGCGGGGAAUAAUUCAGUUCCAGAUCCAUUCCAGCCAUCUUCAUGGUACCUCACCACCAGUGUUACUAUGACCACCAAUACCAUAACCAGCCCUGACCACUGCCAAAAACAGCCACUGAGGAGUCAUGUUACAGAAAAAAUGGGAGUUAGGGUUUUUCAUAGUCCACCAGUUGUCCGCAGGUUUGAUAACUCCAUGGUAGCUGGCAAUGAAGGGAGAAGUCAACCUGAGCCAGACUUUCUGUUUCCUGUGACCAAAGCUAAGGGAAAUGUGGGUGAGACAAGAGGUGCUUCUUCAGAAGUGUUUGGACGAUGGUCAUGUGACCUCUCCAAACAUCACAAUGAUUUCCUAGAAACUAGUCUUCAUCCCAUUGAGCGUCCGAUUUGCACUACUGUGGGCUUUGCCUCAUCCUUGCACAGCCUGGAGAUGUCCAAAAACAUGAGUGAUGACAUGAAGGAGGUAGCUUAUUCCGUUAGAAAUGCAAUACGUCCAAACUCAACAGAGUUGCAGUUCAAAGACACAGCUUGUCAGACUAACGGAGUGAGAACUAUGGGGACACAGACCACUCAAACCAUCAGUGUGGGCUUGCAGACAGAAACUUUGCGCAGUAUCACCAGCAGCCCACACAAGUGUCUGACACCAAAGGGAGUCUCUACACCUGUGUCGUCACCAUCAAGAAGCUUAAGAAGCAGGCAGAUGGCUCCUGCUAUUGAAAAGGUCCAGGCCAAAUUUGAACGCACAUGUUGCUCUCCCAAAUAUGGCUCCCCAAAAUUACAGAAGAAAGCCUUUUCCAAAACAGAGCAGCCAAAUAACCGGACAUUACCAAGCACACCUCAAAAAGGGUUCAGUGAAUCUGCUUGGGCCCGAUCCACCACUACAAGGGAGAGCCCAGUUCACACCACUAUCAAUGAUGGCCUCUCCAGUUUAUUCAAUAUCAUCGACCAUACCCCUGUGGUUCAUGAUCCUCUCCAAAAAUGCUCCAGGUCCAGCAGCCGAUCGAGGUCUGCAGAACCCAGGUCAGAAGUGGGGCCUAUGCAAGACAUGUGCACAAGUAUUCGUGGCAGGUCACCCAGUCCCCUCCGUUUUAGCACGGAGCCACAAAAGGAUGAAGGAGCUGAGAUAACAAGUAUCAGGCAGGACUUAUCUGCUCCUCCAGGAUACACCCUUACUGAAAAUGCUGCCAGAAUCCUGAACAGGAAACUAAUGGAACAUGCCUUAAAGGAGGAAAAAAGGCUAGCUUCACACAGCCCUCCCAGUCUUAGCAAUGAGAACAGCACAGAAGAAAUUGUCAAAGCUGAACCAGGAUCCAUUGAGGAACUACCUUGUUCCGCACUAGCUCCACCCCUAGAAUCCUGCUUCUCCCGACCAGAGAGACCAGCAAAUCGGCGCCCACCUUCCCGAUGGGCCUCACAUCCCCCUACUGCCUCACUGUCUCAGUUAACUGGGGAGGACUAUGGAAGCGAGGAACUGCCAUUGGAGAACCUAAACCAGGAUGCAAGUCUGCAUGAAUUAUCACAGAAUAAUUCACUGUCUUUUGCAUAGUAGCACCAUUACCAUGGCCAGUCUCUGUCAGUGAGAAGAGCUCAAGUUGCAGAAGUCAAAAGAAUGUUCUAGAAUACAGCUGCUUAAGUGUACAACAUGAGAAACAGAUGUUUCUGGAAUGAAACAGUUAAUGUGCCUGUAAUAACUUAUUUUUUUUCAUAACUCAGAAAACUAUUUUUGCCUCCAUCUUUUCUACACACAGUAUAUUAACUAAAGGGUCUAAAAGAUAUACAAUUAAAGGUAAGGUUUUAAAUAAGCGUACUUUGCGUCUUAAGGGAAAUGGAAUGUGUUCGCUUGCUCGCUCGCUCUUGCUCUCUGACUACUGACUGCCUUCUGUUAUAUUUGCACUGUUAAGGUUUGGGUUUUGUUGGCUGUUUUUCUGUGUCUUUUUGAUUUGAAAUUGGAAUCUAAUUUUGUUAAUCUUACUCGGUUGUUAUUUUGAAAAAGAAAAAGGAAAUUCAUAAAGGUGCUUUAGCAUGUCUGGAGCAGUAAAUUUUAAGUAGUGAAGAAAGCCAUUGAACUAGUUGACUAGAGUUGUCUUAAAUAAACUAGAGGGGACUGCAGGGAAUAAGAAAUGUUUAGAAAAGAGGGGGGAGCCUCAGACGGUCUUAAUGAAGUGAGCUGUACAAUAUACACACAAAAGAUUUGCAUGUCUUUAGGUUCCUAGCACUUUAGUGCAUGUACAUACUGCUAGUGUACUCUCACUGUCACAUCAAUGCGUCUCGAUCUCUUUCACUGUUAUACUGUUGUGAAUUUAUCUGUACUGUACUUUUAAUGUUGGUAUUCUUGCAUUGAUUGUACAAACAAAAUUUUUAAAUAAUGGUUCAAAGUGUUUAACUGACUAUGUACAGUGUUUAUUGAAAACUUCCCUGAUUUGGGGGAACGCACUGAGAACUCUGGGCAUAUUAAACUGUAACUGGUCUUGUUUUAAGAGUCUGUUUGAGACCAUGUGGCGUGGAAAUAAACUCCUCAGUAU